UUCUACCUUUGACUUCCUUUAAGUUUCAUUUUUUGGGGCUUUUUUGUUUCAUAAUUAAUGCCAAAACACCCAACUUUUUGGCCACUCUCCACUCCUACAAACUCCCUCCUUCUGUUCAUACGCUACUUUAAAUGAACAAGAAACUAACCCAUUGUUUUUCAUCACCCUUUUUUUCUUUCCCUCUUCAUUUUUCCCACAAGAUCAUGAAGCCUUCCAAGUUUGCGAAUUUUGUUGGUGCUAAAAGACGAAGAACCUUUUCCAUCAAGUCCCUUCGUACCUUGGCUUUGUUAUGUGCUGCUAUCUUCAUUGGCAGUGCGUUUGUUGUAACGGAUUACAAGAAGAGACUCUCACCCGAUGGCAUGCUGGAUAUUUUUUUGAGAACAAAAUCUAUGAAGUGUGAGGGCCAAUGUAAACCGAUUGGAACUGAUACACUUCCUAAGGGUAUUAUUUCAAGCACGUCUGACUUGGAAAUGCGACCAUUGUGGGGUACACCCGUCAAAAAGAAAUCAAAUAGGAACUUGUUGGCCAUGGCUGUUGGUUUGAAGCAGAAGGAAAGUGUAGAUAAAAUUGUGACGAAGUUUAUAGAACACAAUUUCGCUGUCAUGCUUUUUCAUUACGAUGGCAACGUGGAUGACUGGAACGACUUUAAGUGGAAUGCUCGUGCCUUGCACAUUGUUGCUGCCCAUCAAACUAAAUGGUGGUUCGCAAAGCGUUUUCUACAUCCUGAUAUUGUUUCUCAAUACUCUUACAUUUUCCUCUGGGAUGAAGAUCUCGGAGUUGGAAACUUCAAUGUUCAACGUUACUUAUCUGUCAUUAAGAAAGAACGACUACAGAUUUCACAGCCUGCUCUCGAUCCAGAAAAAUCGGAGGUCCAUCAUAAACUUACAGCCAGACAAAAGUUCGCACUUGUGCACAGGAGAAUCAACAAGGUCCUUCCCGGUGGAAGAAAAUGCAAUGAAAAUAGCACGGAACCCCCUUGCACAGGGUGGGUGGAGAUGAUGGCUCCGGUUUUCUCACGAGCAGCAUGGCGCUGCGCAUGGUAUAUGAUCCAGAAUGACUUGGUUCAUGCAUGGGGUGUAGACUUUCAGCUUGGUUACUGUGCUCAGGGAGACAGAACAAAAAACAUCGGCAUAGUUGAUUCUGACUUUGUGGUGCAUUACGGCCUUCCUACUCUGGGAGGAGAAGCACGGAACAAGACUGAUACUGAAGCCUCUAGUCAAGGAAAAGCCUCAUCACUCGAUUCACCGAAAGAGGAAACGUCGCCUUCUAAUAAAACUGAUGCAAGAAGUGCGGUGCGUAAACAGUCGCUAAUAGAUCUAGAGAGAUUUAAGAAUAGAUGGAAGAAAGCUGUUACAGAUGAUGAUUCUUGGAUUGAUCCAUUUCAACAAUCUUUGAAGCAAAAUACCAGAUAGAUUUUACACUCUUGAUUAGUGAUUUGGAUUUUAUUUAACUGCAAGUGCACAGUAUGCAUAUAACUAACAAGUCAAUCUCUUUACUCUACUAGUGUUUAUAUAAAUAAACAAGUCAAAUUUAUUGAUAGCGUUAAAAA